GUGGUCUCCAUUCUAUAUAUGAUCUUUAUAAUAUUCACUUUACAUUUGCCAUUGGUAACGGACAUUAAGCUAAUGUCCAUAUUCGUUCUUUUGACGACCAUCGAGAAGAUAUUCGAGUCGAUUAUAACUUUAAUGUUAAUUUAUGCUGUAUUCCAGAAGAAUCGUAAACUGAUCUUGGCUUGGCAAGUGAUCUCGCCGCUUAUAUAUCUCUAUAAUGUCGCUCAUAUCGCCUAUCUCAGUAUUGUGAUAGUCAAUCUUAAAUUGUUUCUCUUCAUGCUUUGUCCCAUGUAUCUGAUAACUUAUAUGCUCAUGUUGGUCAACUCGUAUUAUGAUGAACUGGGCUACAUUGAGGAUUAUCUGAAUGAUAUGCAGUAUGUGAGUAGGGAGAACUUUCAAAUCAAUACGCGUAAUGGAACACUUAAUGCUGAAGACGGCAGUGAGACGAUAAAGCUUUCGAAAAGAAUUUAAGGCCAACUUUGAACGGUAGCUAGCUGCAGUCCGUGUCGAUCUCUUUCUUUUAGCCAUGUUCAAGGCAAAUGCCUGAGGGCUGUGCUGCAGGUAAUCGGAUAUGCCACAAAAGGCGAAAGUCUCGGCGCAUACCAUUUUUUCCACCAUUAGUUUAUUAUUGUUAUAAUUUCUUUAUUGUCAUUAUUAUAUAUAUAUA